UUCACUUGGUCUUAUAAAGUUGGGGUUGCUUUUGGAAGUAUUUGUAGGAUUGUGGAGCACAAGUCAUUUGGCCCAUAUCGGCUGUGCGUGGCAGAUUAGAGGAAGGUGAAUGACUGUCAAGAAGGUUCUAAUGUUUUCAAGAUUCAUAAGUGGUGUUUGUGGGUUCCGAGAUUUGUGCAUGAUCAAAAUUUGAGACUGCCUAAACUUGCGGUAUUUCUAUAUCAUCAUUGAUUCUACAUUUAAGUAUUAGGGAAAGGAAAGAAACGGCUUCAGAUUCAUAUAAGGUCUCUUUAGAGUGGGCAUCUCGGUUUGUGGUACUAUUGGGUACUUCAGAGGGAAUACAACGGUUUAUGUGCCUUAGGAUAAUGUGGUUUCAUGUUAGGGUCUCUUGGUUUGAGCUUUGAUUGGGGACUGUAGUCUAGUAGGAAAGAGAAGUGUUAUUUUGAAGGUAAUAUAGGAGAAAUCAAGAGAUAGGGUCAGCUUGGCGCUAGUUUGGAUUAGCAUAGUAAUAAAAAUGAUCGGUUCCUUGGUAUCGUGAGGCUUUACAGGUGUUUUGUGGCAAUAAUUUUGGGUUUGGCAAUUUGUGUGACUUGGUUGAAUUAGAGGGAUUCAGUUUAAUGGUUUGGUUAUGUGAAAAUAAUUUCUGAAGAGUUCAUAAUAGAUUUGACCACAACUCGAGGUUGAUGUCUUCUACUGGCGUUUAAGGUUUGUUGCGGUUGCGAUGUUCUCUGGGAUUAAGCUAAGUGAAGGCUUAUGGUUGAUGGGUUGUCUAUCGUACUUGUAAUCUAGAGCUGAUAUUGGAUUAUUGUGUUUUCAUAUGAUAGCAUGAUAUAUACGGUGGGCCAUGUGGGAUUGAGAUUAGCAUGUACAAGGUUGUAGUUCAGUUUCGAAGGGAAGGUCAUGAGUUCUAGACAAUAUGGAUGAUUUCACAUGUUUAAGAUAAUGUUGUCAUUAUCUGGUAUCGGCCGAGAAGGGUGUAUGUUGUAGAACAUGCAUUGUAUUUUUACUUGUGGAUGCUUGACUAGUAUUAUGGUAAGCGCCCAAUUGUUGACUGCUUAUAUUAAGGUUUUGCUACGUGGCGCGGAUGAUUCAUGGGAGUAUUUUGCGUAGAGUGAUUGUGUAUGAGUGAUGUGUCCAUCAUUUGAGUGGUGGAGUUGGGAUCAAAUAUGGAAAUUUUGUAUUCUUAAAGUUUAGAGACGGGAUGUUCUCAGAGGCAAUCUAUUCCUUGGUUGUGAAUUGUGAAGAAAUACUAUGAGUUAGACAGCUGAUGGUAUAUGUUAUGGAUAGUUAAUAUGAACUUUUGAAAGGUUAUUUACCUAUUUUGGGAUGAUCUGAAUUUAUUUGGGGCCCAUUGGUAGGCCUAAUGAGAAUGUGUAUUCUAUAUCAGAUCGGGGCUGUUCACUCUUAAGCAUCAGUUACUGUGGUUGUGCCAUCUGGUGGAAUGGAUUUUAUACGUGCCCUGAUUUAUUUCAUGUGUUGCUCUAUUAUGAUACGAUGGAUUGUGAGACUAUUUGAAUAUUCACACGCAUGAUGUGGUUCUGUUCAGGCUUUGUGGCAAGACUUGAGCGAGAUGGAUUUUAGGGUGUCGAGUUUCUUAUUUCACCCUAUUCAUGCUUUUUAUGUCGGUGGUAUAUUGUUCUAUCCGUUCCUCCAUGGUUAUGGUCACGCACUUCGUGUGCUUGCUAUUGAUACACAUGAGCUUGUUGAUUGUGGGCAUCAUGGUUCAUAGGGUACCACGUGGAUUGGUGUAUUGGAUUGGGUUACGUGCCAUAUGUGGUUUCAUGUUAGGGUCUCUUGGGUUGAGCUUUGAUUGGGGACUGUAGUGUAGUAGGAAAGAGAAGUGUUAUUUUGAAAGAGAAGUGUUAUUUUGGGGAGUCAUUAUGGGUGCAUGAGUUAUUUGGUACAUCGUGUGCUUAUAUCUUGGAAAUAUGGUUGUGGCUUGAUGCAGCUUGUUGAGACUUGUACGGUGUUUAUGUGCGAGAAUCGAAUCUUACAAAGAAUUCCGGAUGCUAAAAAUUGGUUCUAAGGUCUAUGGGCUAAGGUUGAAGAAAGAAGCUUCUGUCGGGAUUGCGCUAAUGGACUUAUAUGGAUUGUAGUGAUGUGGGAUCACCCAUUGGUAUGCGUAUGAUGAGUUUAUACAGUAAUUUAAUGACUUUGGAAUGAUUUUUGGCACGUUCAAGGAUGAACAUACGUUUAAGUGGGGGAGAAUGUUACGACCCGACUAGUUGUUUUGAGUUCUAGAAUCUUGUUCCUUGAUUUGAGACUUCAAUCGGCUUUUUAUGGUGUAUUAUUACUCUUAUGCAGGAUUGAUUUUGAUUUUCGAGUGGUUCGGAUUUGAAUUAAUGGAGUGAUUCUCAAUUUGGAAGCUUUAAGUUGGAAGGGUUGAGCAAUGUUUGGCUUCUGAAUAAACAACCUCAGAAUUGGGAUUUGAUAGUUUCAAUAGGUUCGAAUUGUGAUUUUGGACUUGGCGUAUGUUCGGAUUUGAAUUUGGAUGUUCCUAGAAGUUUUUGGCUCUAUUUGUCGAAGUUGGCAAUUGAAGAUUUAGAAAGUUCAUAAGUUUGACUGGUAGUUGACUUUGGUGUUAUCGGACCCAUAUUCUGGUUUUGAGACCUUAUGUAGGUUCGUUUGGUUGAUUAGAACUUGUGUACAAAGUUUGGUUAAGAACUGGAAUGUUUAAGUCUAAUUCGGAUGCAUUCGGCUAGGUUUGAAGGUUUGAAUGUUAAUAGAAUGAUCUUGAUCUUUGUUUCUUGGUUUUGAUGUCAUUUAUGAUGUUCCGAGCUUUGGAUAAGUUUAGAUAAUGUAUUUGGACUUAUUGGUAUGAUUGGUUGGAGUCCCGAGGGGCUCAGGUGACUUUUGGGGUGAUUUCGGACCAUUUUAGAUGAUGUUUGUAUUGUUGGUUUGCUGGUCUCAGGUAAUGCAUCGUGAUCAUGGUCCAGGUAUCAUGUUCGCGAAGAGCUAGGUCAGCUGGAGGGCUUUGUGAAUCACGUUUGCAAUGAAGGAUGUCGUUCGUAGAAGGCCUAUGCAUGAAGGCCUUCGCGUUCGCAUGUGUUGGACCGCGUUGGCAUAAGGAGAGUGGGAGUUGUGUGUGUCGCGGUCGUAGGGUGCUAUGCAUUCGCGAUAUGUUGGGUGUGCCGGUCAUCGCGUUCGUGAGCUAGGCUUCGCAAACGCGAAGGAGAUUUUUUUUGUUGGAGAUAACUUUGUGCUUCGCGAACGCGGAAUAGUUUUCCACGUUAACGAAGGGUACAUCUGGGCAGACUUAUUCAGUAGUUAUUUCAGAAUUUACCCGUUGUUUCAUAUUUUUUGAGCCCUAGAUUUUGAGAAGAGGAGAUUUUGAAGAGCAAUUUCACUACUACCUUGGAGGCACGCAUGCCCGGGUUGACUUUUGGGAAUUUCUUCAAUGAUCGAAACAUUAUGGAUUGGGAUCGUUUCCGACGGCAUUAGUGGACUUCCUUGGUCGAUGUUUGGCUAGAUUUGAUCCAGUUAGAGGGUUUCAUCAAAACAAGCGGAGUUUUCAUUAUAAAUUUCUAACCAAGCAAGGACCGUCAUCAGACACCAUUGUGUGCAGCAUCUCAAGCAGUAAGCACCCCUCUCAUCAUUUUCUGGUAAUAUGCAAUUUUUCCAUUUAACCAAUAAACAAUUAGAAAUUUUGGUUCAGUUAUCUCUCGUAAAGUUAUGGCAAGAGGAAAGAUCGCGAUCAGAAGAAUUGACAAUCCGGCAAGCAGGCAGGUGACUUUCUCAAAACGGAAAAGCGGAUUAAUUAAGAAAGCCAAGGAACUAGCCAUCCUUUGCGACGCUGAAGUUGGAGUAACCAUCUUUUCCAGUACUGGUCGGCUCUAUGAAUACUCAAGCUCCAGCAUGAAAUCAAUAUUUGACAGAUAUAAUGAAGAGAAGGAACACCAUCAAUUGUUGACACCCUCUUCAGAGGCCAGGUUGUGGCAGACAGAGACAGAAAGGCUGAGACAGCAAAUGGACGAUCUGCAAGAGAACUACAGGAGACUUAAAGGUGAAGAACUUUCAGGCAUGAGUAUCAGUGAUCUCGACGCUCUGGAAAACCAACUGGAAAUGAGAUUGAAAAAUAUCCGCACUAAAAAGGAAAAAAUGCUUACUGAUGAGAUAGAAGAAUUAAAUCAAAAGAGAGCUCUUAUUCAUCAUGAAAAUAUAGAACUUUCUAAGAAGAUCACUCUCGUCCAACAUGAAAACAGACAACUUCUUAAGAAGGGUUAUGGAGCAAUUGACAAUAGAAAAGAAGAGGGAAGUUUCAGUGGACAAGCGAAAUCAUGCGUUCCAGUACACGUCAAUAGAUCAGAAGAAGACGAAAUUAAAUUGGGGUUACAACUGCAAUAACUCUGAUCGCUAAUGACCAUUCAAGGAAGACAGUGAAAGCCUAGCAGAAAGCGUGGCUUGAGUUAAGGCCUUGGAAAUACCACACUAGCGAGAGUAAGGAUAGUUUAGCAUCCAAAAAGUAAUGCCCUCUCAUCUUCCUCUCAUGCCAAGUGAUAGGUAGAGCUAUUUCACCUCCAUUUAGUCGCGUGCAAGCAAAGUGAAAAUGUAAAUUAGCUUAUACGUGGCUUUUUGUUUCAACAACUAAUUCUUACAUGCUUAUAUACAAUAACGUGUAUUUUUCUACUUUC